UGGUCUUGAUGACGUCGCCUACGGAACCCGGACGCCACGCCCAUUGCACCUGGCAGGUGCGCGCAACACAAGAUGGAUUUCUUCAUCUGCGGGAUUCCUGCGUCGCCACUGUGCGUUUGCACUCCACUGACCUUCACCUGUCGCUCGGAUACCUUUCAGACGCGCUGGAAUAGCAGAGCCAUGAAGACCCCCAGAUGCAAAAUUCAGAACAGCGUCUUGGGUUGCUGCAUCUUGCUGCUCACUCCAAUCUUGUGCUUCCUCUUUGGCUGGGUGGAUUUUGGGCCCUUUCAGGCCCUGGGGAGGACCGGGGUGCGACCGGCCCAGUCGGACAGUCGGAACUUUCAGAACGGGAGCUUCUGGGCCAAGCCGAGCCACACCCCGUCCCGAACGCCGGCCCCCGUCCCAGAGUGCCCGCGGAACGGAAGCCUGGCGGACAUUCCGCGGGACCUUCCCGCCGCUCACCGCCUCUUCCUCCGGCACAAGCACUGCCGGGCGUUCCCCCGGCUGCUGAGCCCCCGCGCCUGCCCCCCGGACCUGUUCCUCCUGCUGGCCGUCAAGUCCACCGCCGCCCAGAUCGACCGCCGCAGUGCCCUGCGGAACACCUGGGCGCGAGCGGGCACCAUCGAGGGCAAGAGGGUGAGGCUGGUGUUCCUCCUGGGCCGGUCCCAGGACGGGGUGAGGGGCUACCCUCUGCAGAGGCUCCUGGAGCAGGAGAGCAGGCGGUUCGGCGACAUCCUCCAGUGGGACUUCGCGGACAGCUUCUUCAACCUGACGCUGAAGGAGGUCCACUUCCUCCGCUGGUUCGGCCGGGAGUGCCGCUCGGCCCGAUUUGUGCUGAAGGGGGACGACGACGUCUUCGUCCACACGGGGAACCUGCUGGAGUUCCUCCGGGACAAGAGCCCGACCGACCCGCUGUUCGCCGGGGACAUCAUCCGCAAGGCCCGGCCCAUUCGGCACCGCCAAACCAAAUACUUCAUCCCGGUGGAGAUGUUCCCCAGAAACGAGUACCCGCCCUACGCGGGAGGGGGCGGCUACCUGAUGUCCCGUCAGACGGUGAUCGGUCUAGACCUGGCAGCCCGAGACACCGACCUGUUCCCCAUCGACGACGUCUUCGUGGGCAUGUGUCUGGAGAAGAUGAAGGUGCAGCUCGUCUUCCACGACGGCUUCAGAACGUUUGGGUACCGCCAAAAGAGCACGCCCUUUGACCCCUGCAUCUACAGAGACCUCAUGCUGGUGCACAAGCUGACCCCCACGGAGAUGUGGGUCAUGUGGUCUAUGGUCAACGACCCAAACUUGAUCUGCGCCAGGAAAUCCCUAAAACUGUGAUGAAGGUGAAACUGGGCUGUAGACUUGGCCCAGCUGCAUGUACAGUGAAUGCUUUUCUUACAUUUUUAAACGGGCUUCAAAAUAAAUAUGAAAACGGCAAAUGUCAAAUGAAAUAUUGACGCCAAUGAAUUUUUCAAAAAACCUGUAUUUAAAUUAUGCAUUUAAACGGUGUGGUUUAAAUAUAAAAGUAAAGUUAUGAGUGUCACACGCUGAGCUGAGGAUGAUCUGAAAUGGCAAAAUAUGCUAAAUGGAUCGAGCAAAAGCCAUCUUGUGCCAACAUGCUGGUUUGCGAUUUUUGUGUGAUAAAAAUAAUUGCUGGUAAAAGUUAAUUCCCAUGGUUCUCGUGAGACUUUUCGCUGAAACGUGUUGCACGUUACUCACCAAAACGUAGGGUCAUAUUAAAAUGGAAUUUCAUUAUGGACACUGGUGAAAAUAAGUGACCAUGCCAAAAUAUCACUUAGCAACAGGACCAACUCUGCAACCGUAAAGGACUGAAAUGCAAUGAGAGUGGUUCAGAUUUAGUAAAAGGAGACUCGGGGGUGAUUUGAUUGGGGCCUUUGAAUUCAUAAAAGGGAUAAACAAAGUGAAAAGUGAAAAGUCAUGAACAGCUAGUUUUUAGACAACGCAAAAAAAAAAAAUGCAACGCAAAGAAGUACAAUUCAUACACUGGAAAACUGCCAAACUACAAUACUGAGCCAGGAAUGAUGAAUUAAAACAGCAUAUAUUUAGCAGUAAAAUAUGCUUUAAUUCAAGAAUAAACAUUGUGUACAAAAUAA